AUGGCUGAUGAUGAGAGGCUGAAACGACCGCUCAUCGCCUUUCCCAACAUCCAGACAUGGAAAAGUCUGCCGCCAGACGAAUGGCAGGCGUGUUUAGAUGUUUGGCUGCUCGGUUUAGAGUAUCGACUACGGCUGUCCGAUGAUGUCUUUCGCACUCUGGAGGCAAGCUUCGGGCAAAGCGACCUCGACUUCGUCAAGUCGUACUUGAAAGCCCGCCCAGAGCAAGCCAAACUGGAACCAGGUUCGAAGGAAGCACGAGUCCAUCAGAGAACAUAUUUCUUGCUCAGGCGCCUUUUGCUGGGCACCCAAAUAAUUGUUGAUGGCGGUUCACAGCUUUUCAUUGACAUUGUCAUAGGAUCGAGUUCCACAUUCAAUGUCAGCGACUUUCCUCGACUGGUGGCGGCCAUAGCAAAACAAUACCCGAAACAGUUUUCUGCCGGAAUCGAGUCAUGGAAGAUCAAUGGUAUCAAACGAUUUACGAGUCGCAGCAAUGAACCGGAGUCUAUGCAUGCGCUGCAAGAGAUCAGCGGGCUUCUUCGUGCUAAUCCCGAAAGCGGCCUCAAACUCAUGGCUGGGGCCGACUACCUCGAGGCUGUAAUGGAGCUGUAUCGAAACCUUACAACAUCUUCAGAGGCAGACACGCACCGCCGCAUCAUAGUCGAACACCUCUUUCAGUGUCUCAGAAGCCUGAUGUCAGACAAGACCAGACAUCCGGCGCUUCUGAUCGAUCAGCUGUACGUUAUGAGGACGGAUGCAGAUCAAUUGGGUGCGAAGAAAGCAGAAAUCAGAACUCUUCUGAGUGAGCUUGUCUGUACGACAAACUUUCUGCGUCAUCUCGCUGGCGAUCCGGCGGUGAUGGAUACUAAGCGGGGGCAAGAUAUGUUGGAUGCUCUUAUGGCAUACCGAGAACAGACACGACAGCUCUUCCCGGUGCCGCCUCGACGCAAACGGCAAGUUGACAAGGGCAAAAGAAAGGCUGACCACAGUGAAGAGAUGCACAUUCAUCAAGCUGCGCAGGUCUCGCAGAUAAACGAGCUGUUCCCUGACUUGCCUGCGGCUUACAUCAUGCGAUUGCUGGACCACUUCAGCAAUGACGUUGAAAUGACUACUGCUGCACUACUGGAGCCGGCAUCGUUGCCACCUCAUCUUCAAGACGCAACAGCCGAAACCCCGGAGUUGCCUGUAGCCCAGCCGUCUCAAGCCAAAACCAAAGCAAUACCUUCACACGUUCCAAAGAGACAGAACAAGUUCGAUAAUGAUGACUUCGACAGACUGCAAAUAUCACCUAGACAGCUGCACAAAGGCCGCCGGAAAGUGGACCUUGACGGGUCAUUGCCAGACGAGGAAAACCGGCGCAAAGCAGCGACCCUCGCCGCGCUCGCGGCCUUCGAGACUGAUGACGAUGAAGCAGAUGAUACGUAUAACGAAGUUGACGUUGGAGGCAGUGUAGAUCAGAGUGUCGAUACAGACGAGCGAAAGGGCCAAUUCGAGGAGAUCCUGUAUGCAGCAUGGAGAGGCAACACCACGAUCUUUGCCAGGGACAGCAAGACACGAAUCAGUCCGGUGCGGCAGGACCUCAAGCGACAAACCGGCAUGAGUGACGAGCAGAUCGAGGGAUGGGCUAUCAUGCUGGCUAGGGAUCCGGCCAUGCAGCGACGUUUGCAGCAGAAGUAUUCGGCGGUGAACACCUUCCGUGGCAACCAGCGCAAGGUCGAUUCGACUAGCUGGCGCGGGUCAGCCUCGGCAGAGAACUCGAUGGACGAAUCGGAUGAUCACAAGGUAGACACUGGCGAUGAGAACGCCGGCAGCGGAGGAGUCUCUCCGAGCAACAAGGUCGAGGACGGGGUCGAGGAGGACGAGCGAAUCACAAUCGACGUGAGGGCCGAGCACGGAAAAUGGGGCGUGGCAUGGGAGGUGCUGCACCAUGAGAGAAGACUAUUGCAGUCUCGUUCGAUAUAG